AGCCGCCGCCGCUCAGACAGACUACACACCUAAGGAUAUAACAGCACCGUAUCGGGACAGCAGCCUCCCGACCUUAUUCUUCUUUGGAGCGUAAACCUUCCGGUUUAGCUUCACAAGAUGGACCUGAGGGUAACAAGCGUCCUCCUCGUCCUCGUAGCUUUGGCUGAGGCCACCCCUGAGAGGUACUACCAUUCGGCAAAAGUAACCAAGCAGCCCUACCCCGUCAAAAGUCAUGCCGUUGCAGGUCCACCAGGUGAUCCAGGUGCCCCAGGUGAGCCAGGACCAAUGGGUCCCCCUGGACCUCCUGGGAAGAGUGGUGUAGGACAUCCUGGCCAUAAAGGCCCACCUGGACCUCCUGGAGCCCCUGGCUUCUCUCAAGCUGGUAAACCUGGUGCUAAUGGUGCCCCUGGAAAACCAGGUGCUAAUGGUAUCCCUGGUGACAAAGGUGCCCCUGGUGCAACUGGACCAAUGGGUCCCAGAGGUGCUCCCGGUUCUCCUGGAACCCCUGGACCUGCCGGACUUUCUGCUGUUGGCAAACCUGGACCACAUGGUGCCCCUGGAGCGAUGGGACCAAGAGGAGAGUCUGGUCUGAAGGGACAUCCUGGUAUUCCUGGUCUUCCAGGGCCCAAGGGAGAUAGAGGACAUGGUGUGACUGGACCUCAAGGAGCACCAGGCCCAGUUGGCCCAAUGGGUCCAUCUGGUAUGCCUGGCCAGCCCGGAAUUGGUAAGCCUGGUGCCCCUGGCUUCCCAGGAGAGCCUGGUAAGUCUGGUAACCCAGGUAGAGAUGGCGCACCUGGAGCAACGGGUAUUCCAGGGCCAAAGGGCCACCCUGGGCCUCCCGGCACUGGAGCACAAGGUAAAGCAGGUCAGAAUGGCACUCCUGGUAUGCCCGGACCUAUGGGACCUAAAGGUCCUCAGGGUCCAGCUGGUCAGCCCGGUUCCCCUGGCAUGCCAGGUGUUGGUAAGCCAGGUGUCCCUGGAAUGCCAGGUGACAGAGGAGCCCCCGGUACCUCAGGAACCACUGGUCAGAAGGGAGAGCCAGGUCCCACUGGUUACACUGGUCCUCCAGGUGCUCCUGGUCCUAUUGGCCCAGCUGGUCCACAAGGUGCAAGAGGAUUCCAGGGUGAGACAGGCCAAGAGGGACCUAAAGGUGACACCGGUAUGGUGGGUGCACCAGGGCCUAAAGGAACCAAAGGGGAUCAGGGAGCUCAGGGUUUCUCAGGAAAACCAGGUAUCCCUGGCAUAGCAGGUCCUCCAGGACCCCCAGGUCACAAUGGUCCUCAAGGUGAAAAGGGUCCAGCAGGCCACAAUGGUGCCCCAGGUAAACCAGGUGCUAUGGGCCUUCCAGGACCAAAGGGACACACUGGACCUGUCGGAGCACCAGGGAAAAGUGGUGAGAAUGGAAUUCCAGGGGCCAGAGGACCCGUUGGCCCUCCCGGUCCAGCCGGUCCCCAAGGACUCAAGGGCCACCCAGGUCAUCCAGGCCUACCUGGCCCAGCUGGACUGACAGCUAAAGGAAUUGCAGGUCCCCAUGGUGCACCUGGAAUUCCAGGAGCCAGAGGUCAAGAUGGUAUCCCAGGCCCUGCUGGUCCACCUGGUCCACCUGGCCCACCAGGAGAGGUGGUCUACCACCAUGAGAAGAGCAUGCCUAUCAAGUCUCAUGAGGUUAUGGUGCCUCAUGAAAUGAUGAAGGCCCCUAUGUCUGCCUUCAGUGCUGUGCUGACCACAGCCUACCCCCCAGCUGGAACACCUAUUGUGUUCCAUCAGGUUCUAUACAAUGGAGAGAACCACUAUGACCCCAGCAGUGGCGUGUUUACCUGCCAGAUCCCAGGCCUCUACUAUUUUGCCUACCAUAUGCAUGUCAAUGGGGCCAAUGCUCUGGUGGCUCUCUACAGAAAUGAGGAGCCAGUUCUAUUCACAUACGAUGAGUACAACAAGGGAUUCCUGGAUCAGAUGUCUGGCAGUGCUGUCCUGAUGCUGAAUGCCCAUGAUAGAGUAUACGUCCAGGUCCCUGAUGAGGAGAGCAAUGGCAUUUUUGCAGCAGACAAUGUUCACUGCGCUUUCUCUGGGUUUUUGAUUGCCUCCACGUGAUUUCACAAAUCCAAUUAAACCUCAAAACAUUACAAAAAAUAUGAACUACUCAGAGAAAUAGUCCAGUUUACAAAAUUCAAGAUUGUCAUUGUAAAUUCUGAUGUGAUUUUUACAAGCUUAUCUGCCUCAAUCUUAUUUUUACAUUAAUGGCAAGAUAAAAGAAACUGCCUGAAAAGUCAACAGAGAGAGGCAUUAAUACAGGGGAUGAAUGAAAUUACAAAAUGUAUGGUUCAAAUUGUUCCCAUUUCCCAGUGCAUUAUGUGUAUCGGUGCAAUUUUAAGAAGCAUGAAGCAGUAUUGGAAGAUAUCUUGUGUGGUGCUCUUCACCUGCCUGUAACAUUUACAGUAAAUCUUGUACUUCUGUUUGUGUUUAUUAAUGUCUGUUGUUGAAAAAGUUUUACCUGUAAUAUACACGCAAAAGAACUCAAACUUGUGUUAAAAUAAGUUGUUAUUAAAGAUCAGCACAUUCUCACAAGCACUGUCAUUAACAAGACAACAGAGGGAAAAAUCAAAAUGUGUUUUAUCAAAACAACUAUGUCUGAUUGGAUGUGUAAUGUAA